CAAGCCUACGCCUGUAUGAGUAGAUGUAAGGAGCCAUUUUGCAAAAGUAUAGGUGGGGAUAAAUCAGGAAGGUUACAACAAUUUGAUGGGUAUUGACUUCUGUUUAAAAAGGCAUUCCGAAAAUGGGCUGUGUUAUAAAGAAUCCAAAGAAUCCGUAUGAAUUUCAGUGCUUAUUCCUUAAGAACAAUGAAGAUUUUUCUCUCUAUUUUCACUCUUUAAGUGGGCAGCAAGAGCUAAUUGCCGACUGUGUUUACAAGGAAAGGCACGAAUGCUUCUUCACAAAAGAGGGUUUCAACAUGACUAUUGAUGAUGGUCACGUGCCUACAAUAGUAGUAUCUGACACAAUCUGGAUACAGACAGGAAGAUUUCUUUGUCAAAAAGGAGGACAGCUUUUAAAUGAUCCAUGCCCAUUCCCUCCUCCAAGUAGCAGUACCACAUCUGAGGGUGUCUUAAAUACCGCAAGAGAUGAAAAUUUCUCAUUGAAUAACAGUUCAAAAUCUGAAAUCAACUCGAGUACGCCCGGUGAAGAUAACAACGCAAUAGCAAUCAUUGGUGCUGCUAUUGGAGCUGCUGUACUCAUCCUCAUCAUAUUGAUCCUGGUCAUCAGCAUUCUGUUGCUCAAGAAAUACAAAUUUAAGAAAAGUCCUAGAUGUCCUGGAAAAUGCAAUACAGAUGAAAAAAGGAGAAAGCGCUUUCCAAGGCAAACAUCUGGUGGCAGCAGAAACAGCGACGCGGGUUAUACAGAUGUACUAGAGAGACUUGAGUACCAAAAUACUAUUUCUUCAUCAUCAAGUGGACAAUCACACAAACCUCUUCUUUGACAACCCUCAGGAGAAACUCCUUCCAUUGGAUUGAUAUCAGCCAGUGAGGCUAAGCAUUGAGACUAACCAUUAAGACUCCUUAACUUAUAAAAAAAAUAAUAUUGGAACAAAGUAUAAUAUCUAGAUAGGGAUGGAGUUUACUUAAAUAAUAUUUCAGCGCAAAAUAGUAUGAUCAUUAUUCAGAUAUUUUCUAUUUGCAAAAUGGAUGUGCCAAGAAACAGGCUAUUAGUGACUAGAAAAGUGAAUAUCUAAACAAUCAAAAGCAAUAAAAUUAUUAAAAGAUAUUGUUACUGGCGGCUCUAGGCUCAUCGAGGAGUAACAGGGAAUAAAUUAUAAACUGUAAGACUAUUCAACCAUAUUUGUCCAGAUAAAAAAAAAAUUCAACAAAAGUGUGGACCUAAGAAUUCAAUAUAAUAUUAGAAAAAAAUCAACACAUCAAAUUGAUUAAUUUAGUGAAGUGUAGACGAAAACAGUUAACAGUAAUUACCCCACCCACCCAUGUAACCUCGAUAUACAGGUUUUUAUCGUAUGGGCCGAAUGAACUGUACCUUUUCCGGAUGAGGAAGAAUCGCCUCCCAGGACCAUUCCUUGAUCGCUUUCGGUCCAGCACCCAGCAGGACGUGGUCUAGGAGGACCGUUAGCCCCGUGACGUCACUGUGGAGUAUGUCUGCUGUGACCUCGGACACCACCUGACCGUCACGGCCAGUGAGUACGGCCUUCGUGUGUUGUCAACCGCCGAGUUACGCGGGGCGACUUCAGAAUUUCUAACCCCCAACUCCCUCCGGGGAGGAUCAACCGAAUCUCUGGGAAGUGUAUUCGUGUUAUUUUAUUCUGGUGAUGGGAGAUGCGAAGGACGACAUCUUCAGAUAGUGGGAGGAUGAACUGUGAGUAAUGUACACAAUAAUUGGUAGAGAGGUUAUAAGAGAGAUAAUUGAACAGGAACGUUAGAACUGAAACCUCAUUGCCAAACAGUAUGAGAGAGUGCGAGGAGUGUAUAAUCUUCAUAGUGUAGGAUUUGCCUAUACUGAGAUUGAUCGAGGGGAAUGCCCCGGAUGGAGACAUUGCGUCUAGCAUUUGGAUGUCGCCUUUAGACCAGUCUGUUAAGGUGAAAUGCAUUGAACAAGUAUUUAUGUUGUAGUUUUUAAAGUCCUGAGCAACUUGAUAGCGAAAUCAACAUGUUUUCGGCAGCCUCAGGCAGUUGUUUUGUUGAUUCUGACAUAAAUAUUAUAUAUGUAUGGUAUAUUUUGACUGAACUGUAAUAUAAACAAAGUUAUCUAGUUGUAUCAGUGUACAUGCUGACUAAGGAAUUUUUGGUGCUGUAUUUAUGAGCUUUUCACACAAACUUCAUUGUGAGUCUACUAGUCACUGUUAUUGACACUAAAUGUUCUUGCUUUGUAAAAUGCUAUUUGGGAAUAAAAAGAACAUUAAAGAAUAAAUGUACUUUACUUACAAAA